AUGGGUUCGUGCUUCUCAAAGCCUCGGGUGGAGGGAGGCGAUGCUUCUUCUGAGAACGGAGGGAAGAAGAGGCAGAGCAGCAGAACGUCUGGCAAGAAGCCUGAUGUUGAAACGGCAGCACGAGGGAGCUCGACCGUCGAGCAGCAAGGCCAACACGUGCGGAAAAUGAACGCCGAGGCAAAGAAUGGCCAAGUGUUUGCGCAGCUAGCGUCAGCUGCGAUAUCUACCGCGGAAGCAGAACUAGCAGCAGCAAGAGAAUCAGGUAGUAACAGUGGUGGUGUUGGUGCUGCUGCUAAUGCUGCUGCUGCUGGCAGAGCGGAUAUGGGGCGCGAGGACGAAGCAAACGAGUUUGCAGAUGCGCCCUCCAGGCAGGAAUUGGGAGAAGAUGAGCUGCAGAGCGCCAGAGAAGAUUCAAGCUCGCAAGCAGCAAGUGGGGCGGAUGUAGAAAUCAGUGUGACUGACUGCCACGUCCCCACCAUGGCCAGUGGUCCUGGUCCGGGGUCUGGUAUGCCAGAGAUUCGGCCUGCUCGUGACGUUCCUCCCACAGCAGAAGCAUCUGCGGCAGAAGCAAGGGGUCGUCCGAGGGCUGCGAGCGGUGUUGAUGUAGAAGGAAGAGCAGCGGGAGGGGCUCAAGCGGAGGGGGCGAGGCGAGAAGGGGUACCAGCUGGAUCAGAGGCGUACAGCGGGGAGGAGAUGAGAUUGGACGGUGCAGAUGGAGCCGUGGAACGGAAUGCGAGUGGCAGGAGACGUUUAUCUGGAACGAAUCAAGUGCGGCACGAGAAGGGCAUUGGAGCUGGCACAGCAGGCCGGACUCGUAAUGGCGAGAACCAGCAGCAGGAAGACAGCAGAAGCAAGGGAGGAGUAAGAGGUGAAGAUGCGCCACAAGUAGCAAAGGCAACUCAAGCACCAGUUAACCCAGCAGUAGCAAAGUCAGCAUCAGCAUCAGCAGCAGCUGUAUCAGCGUCCGAUGCUGUCAGAAACUCAUCAACUCUGCUCGGCCCCGUACUGUCUGAUUCCGCUGCUCUUGAUUACUACGGACCGUCUUUGCUCAAGCAAGGGUCACGGAGGGGCAGGAGCAGCAGAGAGUCCAGCAGGCGGGGUGAUGGGGGUGGCAAGGGCUGUCUGCAGUAUGAGGCGAGUGGGAGUGACAGCGAGGAGGAGGAGGAUAUGCAUGCUGGGCGGAUGGGUAAGGGCAGGACUAGGGUUUGCUUGGGUGACGAAUAUGGGCUGGAUGCGGAUGUGGCGGAUGGGUACUGCUUUCCCAGGAGGAAGAGAAAGGCGAGUCGGCAGGGUAAGAGUGUGGUGGGGAGCGGUGCAGAGAGAGAUGGUAGGGUUACUUAUGAAGGGGAAGUCGCGGGAAGUAGCACCACCAGAGGGGGAGGAGGUGCGUAUGAUCAAGUGCAGGAGUGCACUGGAGGGGCGCGUGGGAAUGAGGAGGGCUUGAUGUUCGUGGAUGCAGAUAGCCACUCCGAUGAGGAGUUCCAGUCUGCACGUGCUGACACCCUGUCCCAGGCGAGUUCUAUGACUGCAGCUAGCCUGUGCCAGAGGGGUGCACAGGCAGGCAUGAUGCUGCCGGCGCAGGCAGGCAGGGCACUGGUGGGCAAGCUGCAGGAGGGCGCAGGAGCGUUGCUCACCAUCCACCACUGUGACUCGCGCACUCAGCAGCACCCUGCUACUCCCAUGCUUACCCCAGAGGCAGAUGCGGGUGGUAUCAGCAUCCGCCCCUCCUCCCCCCGUCGCUCCAAGCGCCUGUCAUCCGUGUUCUCAGCUGCUCGCAAGGUGCUCUCCCCUCGUGGAACUCGCGUGUCCGCAUCCUCCUCCUCCAAAGCAGGCAGCAAGCCAUGCGUGCCCUCGUUGAGUGGGGAAAGGAGGGUUAAUGGGAAGGCAGGAUUAAGGAGGAGGAAGGAUGGGAUUGUGGGGAGGGGGGCACAGGAGCUUGGAGUGGGAGGCGAGCAGGAGGAGCAAGAGGACGAGUUCCAUAGUGCUGGGAGUGAAAACUCUGAGGAGCUGGAUGAGAUGUUCAAGACAGCGCCCCUGCUCCUCACCACCCCCCCACCACACCUCUCCUCGCCAACUGCGGGCCAGCCUGGAGAUUUUUCAGAGGAGGAAGGAGUGGGCAGUGGGACAGAACGUGAUUCACUAGCAGGGGCGGAGGCAGCAGAGGAUCAAGAGGGAAGGCACACUGCUACAGAUACAGUGAUCAAGCCAGGCCCAUCCAACAGCACCUCAUUCACACCUUCUCAACCAGUCGCCUCCACCUCUCACUCCUCCUCCACUCAUCCCCACAUCCCGGGCUCUGUUUCUGACCUCCAUAUAUCCGCCUCCACACACGCAUCCUCUUCGCUUCAAGUGCACAUUGAUUUUAAUGCUGCUGAUCCCACGUCUUCCUCCCGUCGCCCCUUGUCUUCUCCAAGCUCGCCCACCAUCGCCCUGGCCUCAUCUUCCUUCCGUUCCACAUCCCCUCACACCUCGUUUCGCCACUCCCCCUUCUCCUCCCGGACGCGUGCUCGGUCAAAGCAGCCGCACCGACCCUUCUCCCCCGGUUCGGCCGCUCCUCGACGGCUCUCCGAUGCUCCAGGUUCGGGCGUGGAGCGGCCCCGGACCUGGUCGUUACAUCCGGAGCUGUGGACUCGGGUGACAAAGGGAAGGGAGGGGCAAGCCGAGUCAGGUGGUUCUAGGAACGUGGGGAGCAGUGGAGGUGGUGCAACCGCUGCUGUCCCUGCUGCACCUAACGCAGCAACAGCAACAGCAUCAUCAGUGGCAACAGCAGCAGCACCUGUGCUCUCAACGAGUGGGAGACCACAACAUGGUGAAGCACCUGCAUCAGCAGCAGCAGCAGCAGCAGCAGCAGCAGCAGCAGCAGCAGCAGCAGCAGCAGCAGAUGCCUGUGAACCUGGCACUGAAAGCGCUGUAUCCCGCGGUGCGGGUGGCACUGAGCACGCCAGCAGUCCUGUGCAUGGACUAGAAGGGCGCCAACGCGGGGUGUCACUCUCCCCAAUGCCCCGCACCUCCUCCACUCCCUCGUUCACUUCAGCAGCAGCAGCAGCAGCAGCAGCAGCACGAGCAGGAGCAGGCGAAGCAGCGGGAGCAACGGGAGCGGGACGAGAAGGGGCAGGAGGCGCAAGAUCACGUGUGACAGUACAUGAAGGGGCAGCACGAGAUGGGCCAGAAGGAGAGGGCGUAGCAUCAGCAGCACAAGGAGGGCUGACUCGCUGGAAGUCAAUGCACGCAUCCUUCUCCGUGCCCUCCCUGCAUAAGCUCGCUCACUCCGUGGCUGCUGCUGAUGCCUCUGCUGCUUCCGCCACGCCUCCUGUCUUCAGGAGUCCCCCUCCUGUCAGGACCCCCAGGCGUCAUAUGACAGACGCGGAGGAGGAUGAGGAGGACGAGGAAGGAGAUGAGGAGGAGGACUUUGGGGCGUUCAGAGGGGUGUACUGGGAGAGGGAGAGGGAGCGGCGGCAGGAGCAACCCGCACGAGUGAGCGUUCCAGUGCGCGUGGAUGCUGAGACUGCAGUUGCCAAGAUGCUACUAGCCCCCCGCAAGGUCCUUCACAUGCCCGAGCCAGGAUCCCAGUUACCACACCACGUGUCUCUCUCCCGCCCUCCCCGCCGUCGCUCUUCCCCGCUCGUGCCCAUCCACACGCCGCGCUCUCACAUCUCGCUGCUGUCAUCUGAUUCACAUGCAUCAGAAGGGUUCAGCGUCGUGCUCUAUGCUCACCUCUGCCCCGCCUUCUUCUCAUCCGCGCCCCCUCACAUGCUGGCGUUGCUCAGGGGGCUCAAGGGCGGGGUGGAGACAAUGAAGGAGGAGGAGGUGGCGCGAGUCUCUGCCAUGCUGUCAGGCGCUGCUGCGUUUGUCCCCUUCAAAGAGCGCCUCAAGCUCAUGGUUGUGCGCAGAGAUGGGGCGAAAGAUGCCGCCCGGACAGUCCUAGCACGGGAGGAGGGGAACGGGGAGGCGAGGAGGGAGAGGGCAGGAGAAACGGGGGUUGGAGGGAUGAGGGGUGAGGCUGGAGGGUUGCAUGGAGAGGAGGACGAGGACGAGGAGGAGGAAGAGAGGGGGGGAAGUGAUGAGGAAGGGAUUUCAGAGGAGGAGGAUGGUGAGGUGGAGGCAGGAGUUGGGAGGAGCUGUGUGCGCAGGAGGAAGGGGGGAGUGAGAAGGAGAAUAUCAAGAACGGUGGGGAGAGUGAUGGGAGUUAGGGACAAAUCAACAGGUGGAGCAACAGGAGGGAAGGGGCGGAGAGAGGAGUGGGGAAAGGAGGAGAGCGCUGCAAUCCUUACACACCCAUACCAGAUGUUCUUCCGGGGACCCGACUACUUGGACAUAGACAUAGACCUGCACCAGCUGCCUCAAGCGUCCCGCAAGGCCCUGCUGCCUCUUCUCUGCACGCUCCCCGGCUCCUCUCUCGACCUUGCCCUCAUUGCCCAGCCCUCGCGACGUCCCGACAUGAUCGUGAACCACCAGGCGCCGUACAAUGCGGAGACUCCACCCGCGCUGCUGGGAACGACUUUCAUCACGGGCGCGGACGCGUUCUACGUGCGCAGCCACGGGCCCACGCCCGUGCUGGACGAUGCUGACAGCUAUCGCUUGCAGGUGGGCGGUCUCGUGCCCAAGCCGCUCUCUCUCUCCCUGCAAGACAUCAAGUCCAUGCCAGCGGAAACCAUUGUUGCUACCAUGAUGUGUGCGGGCAACAGGCGCACGGAAAUGAGCACCAGGCGCAAGGUCAAGGGCGUGGGGUGGUCCCAAGCUGCCAUCGGGAAUGCCACGUGGACGGGGGUGCGUGUGUCACACGUGCUGGAGCUGGCGGGGGUGGCGCCUCGCUCCACGCGCACCUCAGCAGGUGGCAAGCACGUGGAGUUCACCAGCGUUGAUGUCUGCCCAGAGGAGAAGGGGGGCCCCUACAAGGCGUCGCUGCCGCUCCUCCACGCCUCCUCGCCGGAGCAGGAUGUGCUCCUUGCAUACCAGAUGAACGGACAGGACUUGACUCCUGACCACGGCUUUCCUCUGCGCAUCGUUGCUCCCGGGGUCAUCGGGGCGCGUUCGGUGAAGUGGCUGGAUCGCAUUGACAUGCUGUCGCACGAGUCGCAGGGCUUCUUUAUGCAGCGCGACUACAAGAUGUUUCCUCCCAGCAUUGACUGGCACAACAUCGAGUGGAACACUCGUCGCCCUAUCAUGGACUUUCCAAUCCAGUCGGCCAUAACCGAGCCUUCAGUGGGGGAGGAAGUGCAGCCAGGCCCUAUCACCAUCCGGGGGUACGCAGCAGUGGGCGGCGGGCGCGGCAUCGAGCGGGUGGAGGUGUCAACUGAUGGGGGUGCCACCUGGCAGGAGGCCACUCGCCUGCCACACACUGUCGACAACCCCUCCCACCUCGGCCUCCUGCAAGGCCCGGCAGCAGCAGGGGAGGGUGGUGGCGUGUAUGUGGCAGACGCGGAUGAGGAGGACGAGGGGCAGUUCAAGUGGGCGUGGGUGCUGUGGCAGCUCAAUGCCACUGUCACCCCACCAUGCCAGAUUGUCGCUCGUGCUGUGGAUUCAUCGUCCAACACUCAGCCGGAGGAUGUGGAGAGCAUUUGGAACCUGAGGGGUGUGCUCAACAACUCAUGGCACCGUGUGGACCUCAGGCCUGCUGCUGACAAUGCUGCUGCUGCCAAACUCUAA